UCUUUACUAAAAUUAUCCUGCCAUCUAACGCAAUAAUCAAUUACUAUUCGUUUGAUUUAUGCAAUAUGGCGACGGCUAGUAAACUUCGUUUACUUAAAGAUGUAUUAAAGGCACUUACUGAUGGACCAGGAUUUGAUAGAGUAGUUAGUACUUUGAAUGUAGUUUCCUCUGGAGGGGGUAAAUGUUUAUGUGAGAUGAAAGUGGAAGAGAAUCAUCAGAAUAGAGGCGGUACUCUUCACGGUGGAGUAACUGCAACUUUGGUGGAUGUGGUGUCUACAUUAAAUCUAAUUGGUGAGAAAGAAGUGGCUGGAGUCAGUGUUGACUUGAAUGUGACUUACUUGAAAGGGGCAAAAGCUGGAGAUGAGCUUCAGGUUGAGUCAAGCUUGCUGAGGGCAGGAAGAUCUAUGGCUUUCCUCUCAGUGGACAUUCGUAACAAGGAGACAGGACUCCUAAUAGCUCAGGGUCGUCACACCAAACACUUGGGAGCAGGCAUUAUUGAGAAAAGUAAUUCUUCAACUCCUCAAGGAUAACAAAAUUAUAGUAAUCCCAAAGUGGUUGUUGAUGCAAAAUGUACAUUAAGAUAUUCAGCAUAUUAGAUAUUCCCUUUAUAGACUGUAGUUUUUUUCCAGUUUAAAAACACAUUGUAUAAUAAUAAUAAUAAUGUCAUACUUGUGAAAGUGUUAAGGUUUUUCUCUGAAAAAUUAAUGUUAUGAUUUUGUAUUUACAACAGUACAUAUGCUAAAAAAUAAUCUAAACCAUUUAUAAGGAAUUGUGUUUUUAUGUUGUUUCAGUUGUUGGUAUAACUACUUUGAAAACAAUAAAGUGACACAUUUUGUCUGUUUUGUUUAAUUUUAAUUCUGACAGUUUGAGUAUUAAGUGACAUUCCCUAGGUAUUAGGGUUUAUUUUGCAAGAAACAAGCAUCAAAACAUGCUAAUUCACUUGUGGAUUUAAAUAAAAACAAUAAUACCAUAAUGUAAUGAAAGAUUAUACUGAGUUACUCAAAAUUUGGUUUUAAACAAAUGCAAGUCUCAGCUUGUUACAUGUUUACACACACACACACACAAAAGAGUGGUGAAAUCAACUCAACAGAGAGUGAUUGCCUAACUUUCUAAAAUGUAAAAUCAUUUAAAUACUGGUUUCUCAUUGGUUUUUUUGUUUAUAUAUUUGUAUUUUUAAGUGCAACAUCAUGUGAACAUUAAACUGGUAAAAUAAUUAGUUUCAACUAAUUAUUUUGUGUUGUGAGUAAUAUAAUAUAUGUUUUACUAAUAUUAUUCAAAAAUUAAAAUGAUUAUAGUUUUACCACUGCUUUGUAUGUGUAAUGAAUGGAAAAAGUGUGAAAUGUUUUUUCACAAAUAUUUUUGGUUCUUGAAAUAUCAUUAUAAGAAAUUGCACAAAUGUUCACAUAAUUUAUUAAAGUAUCUGCCCUUAAUAUUUGGGCUGAGUAUGGCCAAACUGUUAGCAUGCCUUGAAUGUGAAUGUGAGGAUUUAUGGCUUGCAUCCUGUUUUUGCAAAAAAAGUGUUUUACUCUUGGUGGCUAUGCUCCAUAAGACUGAUGGUGAAACUAAAUUAGUGUUGGGUAUCUCUUUUCAUAUUUAAGGAUAGCUGUGUACUCAUAGUCCAUAUAUACAAAGCAUGUUGAAUAAAGUGAUUUGAACACAAAUUAAUACAGUCAGAUUUUUAAACAUUCAUAUUGUAGUAUUAAGAACUUGUAUAAACAUAGUUUUGCUUAGAAAAUUAAAAAAGUUUCUUCUGAAA